AUGGCAGGAAGAAUCAACGUCGCAUUUCAGAGGUAUCUCGCCAUGCCCUCCAUCAGAGCCAUGGUCCCGCCCGCUCCGAGAUUCAGGACCAAGCAGCCGCGUCCGCUAUCGACAACAGCCUCCGAAAACAAGAGAAAAGCACCCUCCGAGCUCUUCUCUUCUCUGAAAACUUCUUCCGGCCAAAACGCGAGGCAGCACCUCAAAGAUCUCGAAACGCAACCCAGACUCACCAAAUCACCGCACAGCGUCUAUAAGACGGUGAUGACGCAGAAGGUCGCCACGAGGGACAAGACCCUCAAUUCACCAGCGGGAAGACCAACCAUCCGGAAGAAACUCACCAGCAGCUGCCAAGGAACCCUUGGGAUGGCGGAGAGGUUGAAGGCCACUGCUGCAACCUCUUGGAAAGUCGGCACGGCGACGACGAUCCUCCUCUCCCUCGCCGUCUACAGCUAUUGCGCUUUCUUGGAGGAGGCCGAGAGAAGGAGGAUUGCGGCAUUUAAGAGGAUUAGGAAUUAUGACGAUGCAGAGCCGCAGGUAUCUAGAUACUCUAUGCACUGCGACGAGAACGCGGAGAGGUCGCGGUAUUGGUACGCCGCUUGUAUCUGA